AUCGAAUUGUUGUGCCCGAAAGACUGUAAAGUGCCAUCUUUAAGGGCUGCUUUGGCCGCGUAAAAGGAGCAAACUAUUUCGGACAUUUCGGUCUACGUCGAACCACAUUAUAUAUAUGUCUGGGAUCACCUGCCUUUGUCUUUACUAGGAAACCAUUUCAAACCUCAAUUGGCCAUUUUUAGCCAGAAAAAUGUCGGAUUCGACUAUCUUUCCUUUUAACUUAACUGCUCAAUCAUCCAUCGUUGGUCAGUCAGCGGACAGCAACGUUUCCAGUUCGAGCGCGAGCUCAAGUGUAUCUGAAUCUUCUGCGGAAUCCCAUUCCGGAUCCAAUACAUCCGUGGAAUCUCAUUCAUCUGGUAGUUCAAAUUCGUCCUUUGAAUACCAAUCACCAGUAGAUCGUGAUUUAUCUGUGGAAUCAGGCUCAGACUUAUCAGACUCAUCUUCGACAUCUAAUACCAGCGAAACUACUUCGGUCGGAGAAGCUUCAAACCAACUGCAGUCACCGCAAAGCAAUAGCUCCUUGAAUAUGAGCCACGAUGAAUCGCACUCCCUGGCUAACUUGUCGCUCUCGAAUGACGAUGCUCACUCGCAGAUCAGUUCACUUACCCAGGAUGUUAUCCAGAUGGAAGCAGAAUUGGAUCGCAUAAAUCGCUACUGCGAGGAAGUUGUGGCACAGAUGGACCCCUUUCCCACAAGUACGUCAACGCCAACAGUGGUGCGUGGAAAUCGCCGCAGAAGUGCCAUGAGUCCAGUAGAAGUAAUAGAUCUGUCCCAUUUGGAAUUUGUACCACCGGUUCGAUCCGCACGGAAUCGUGCGCCUGAUGCUGUCAUCGAUCUAUGCACCCCCGACAGGCCAACAAGUCGUCCACUGAAUCUUCCCUCUAACGACUCCUUCACCAUUCCUAAUCGUCGGCGCGUCUCUGUUCAGUCAACUGAAAAUUCCCCGGUAGUGGAUCUCGACGCUGUGUCGCCACCAAAACGCGUUAGUCGCGAAGUAAAUCUGUCCCAAAAAGAGGACUCAUACAAGUGCCCCGUCUGCAUGGACAGUGUAACGAAGCGCGAACCAGUGUCAACAAAAUGUGGACACGUCUUUUGCCGGGAAUGCAUUCAAACAGCCAUCAGUGCUACGCACAAAUGUCCAAUGUGCAACAAGAAGCUGACUGCACGUCAAUUCUUUCGCAUUUACUUGUGAGUUGCUUACACUAAUUUCUAAUAUAGUUGCUCUGUGAGCCACACUUUUUUAUAGGUUGAACUUAACUUAAAUUAAUAGUCUUAACAAUGUUAGAGACGGCAAUGUCUGUUCUUGUGAUUAAAAAAUAAAUUUUUCUAUGUGUUUAUAUAAUCAGUUAAGCCCAAAAAUAUUCCUAAUACAUAUAUGUGAAGUAAAAACUUGACUUUUUUGAAAACCAUUCUCAGGCUUAAAUAGCGAAAAUUAUUAAUAGUUCCUUUAAUUAAUAUACCCCAUUGACCAUUAAAUUUAUAAUGUAUCAAAUUUAGUAGUUUGUAUACGUCUUGACUGAUAUUUUAUUUGUCUUUUAGGAUUAUACGCCUAAAAAUACGACUUCUGCUAGUAUUCAGAGUAAAAUAUUUCUAUGAAUCUGAGGAUCUUUUCGAAUGUAAUCUUGUAAUCAGUUACGCCCAAAAAUAUUCCUAAUACAUUUAUGUGAAGUAAAAACUUAUCUUUUUUGAAAACCAUUCUCAGGCUAAAGUAGGGAAAAUAAUUUAUAAGGAUACGGUUAUGAGCGCCUUUUCCUAUUCUAUUAGGCCAACUAGGCGUGCCAAAGUAUUAUACUGAAGUUUUUCCAAACGCAAUUCAAAAAUGUAACAUAUACAAUAAAUAAACGGCAUAGCA